AUGGCGGAUCCGCCGGAGGAGGCGGGGGCCGGCCCGGCCGGCCGGGACCGGGGGGUCGCGGGGCCCCCCCGGGGGCGGCAGCGUCUGGAGGCGCUGCUGAACCGCAGCCUCCGCAUCCGCAUGUCCGACGGGCGGACCCUGGUGGGGGCGUUCCUGUGCACGGACCGCCAGAGCAACGUGAUCCUGGGCUCUGCGCAGGAGUUCCUGAAAGCCGCAGACGCAUUCCCGGGCAGUGAACCCCGAGUUUUGGGGCUGGCCAUGGUCCCCGGGCACCACAUUGUGUCCAUCGAGGUGGAGCCCCCCUACCCCUGAGGGACCCCAGGGUGGGCCCCAAAAUCUCCUGAGAGACCCCCAAAAACACCUGAGAGACCCCAAAAACACCGGAUGGACCCCAAAACCACCCGAGGGACCCCAAAACCACCUGAGGGAUGCCAAAAAACAUCUGAGAGACCCCAAAAACACCGGAUGGACCCCAAAAACACUGGAUGGACCCCCAAAAUCUCCUGAGAGAGCCCAAAAACACCUGAGAGACCCCCAAAAGCACCUGAGAGACCCCAAAAACUCCUGAGAGACCCCAAAAGCACUGGAUGGACCCCAAAAAACCACCGGAUGGACCCCAAAAGCACCGGAUGGACCCUAAAAACACUUGAGAGACCCCAAAAACACCUGAGAGUCUCCCCCCAUGGACCCCGAAACCUGAUGGACCCUCCCCAAAACCACUUGGGGACGCCCCCCAAGGCUUUGAGUGUCUCCCCCGUCCCCCAAAAUGUCCCGGGGGGGUUUUUUGGGGUCCCCAUUAAAGCCCCCCCUUGGUGCCGCUG